UACGCAGACGCAGACACAAGUUGGUCAUACGCAGACGCAGACACAGGUUGGUCAUACGCAGACACAUGUUGGUCAUACGCAGACGCAGACACAGGUUGGUCAUACGCAGACACAGGUUGGUCAUACGCAGACGCACGCAGACACAAGUUGGUCAUACGCAGACGCAGACACAGGUUGGUCAUACGCAGACACAUGUUGGUCAUACGCAGACGCAGACACAGGUUGGUCAUACGCAGACACAGGUUGGUCAUACGCAGACGCAGACACAGGUUGGUCAUACGCAGACAAAGGUUGGUCAUACGCAGACACAGGUUGGUCAUACGCAGACACAGGUUGGUCAUACGCAGACGCAGACACAGGUUGGUCAUACGCAGACACAGGUUGGUCAUACGCAGACGCAGGUUGGUCAUACGCAGACGCAGACACAAGUUGGUCAUACGCAGACGCAGGUUGGUCAUACGCAGACGCAGACACAGGUUGGUCAUACGCAGACACAGACACACGUUGCUCAGACACAGACACAGGUUGGUCAUACGCAGACACAGGUUGGUCAUACGCAGACACAGGUUGGUCAUACGCAGACGCAGACACAGGUUGGUCAUACGCAGACACAGACACAGGUUGGUCAUACGCAGACACAGGUUGGUCAUACGCAGACGCAGACACAGGUUGGUCAUACGCAGACACAGACACAGGUUGGUCAUACGCAGACACAGGUUGGUCAUACGCAGACACAUGUUGGUCAUACGCAGUCGCAGACACAGGUUGGUCAUACGCAGACGCAGACACAGGUUGGUCAUACGCAGACAAAGGUUGGUCAUACGCAGACGCAGACACAGGUUGGUCAUACGCAGACAAAGGUUGGUCAUACGCAGACAAAGGUUGGUCAUACGCAGACACAGGUUGGUCAUACGCAGACACAGGUUGGUCAUACGCAGACGCACGCAGACACAGGUUGGUCAUACGCAGACACAUGUUGGUCAUACGCAGACACAGGUUGGUCAUACGCAGACGCAGACACAGGUUGGUCAUACGCAGACACAGGUCAUGCGUUGCUCCAAGCCUUCAGAAUAAAAACAAAAUUGCACGCCUAGAGCGCCAAAUUGGCCAGGGCCGGCUCUGCGCAGACACAGGCGAUCUGAGACUGACUCCGUUUUCC